AUGAGCUUCUUCCGUACCGCCGAAGACAUCCGCGUCGAAGAUGGCCACAUCCUGAUCGCUAGAGUCGCCAACGAGGAGGGAGAGAUGGUCGAAUCUACCCUCGAUCUUAACUCGUGCAUCGGAAACGAAGAGGGUCGCUUCCUGUGGGGCGGCAACGACUUCGCCGGCAGCGCCGAGGACAUCAGCUUCGCCAUUGAGGGAGAGGACAACGUCCCCGUUCUUAGAGCCAAACUCCAAAACUCCGAGGGCGAAGCCUUUGACGCUGAUGUUAACCUGGGCGAGCAUGUCACCAACAACAACGGUACCCUGGAGUACCAGGAGGAGUCCCUGUUGUAA